CGCGGCCCCGUCCCGUCCCGCCCCACGCAGGCGGCGGCGCCGCCUCUACUUAAAGCGCGCUCGGGGGUGCUGCCGCCUCCUCCUGCUCUGCCGGUCGCUUGCACGCCUGUACGUUGCCAGCAUGUCGGACAGGCUGCCGUACAAAGUGGCUGACAUCAGCCUUGCGGACUGGGGUCGCAAGGCCAUCGAGAUUGCGGAGAAUGAGAUGCCAGGGCUGAUGAAGAUGCGGGAGAUGUAUGCUGCAUCAAAGCCGCUGAAAGGUGCACGGAUUGCCGGUUGCCUUCAUAUGACUGUGCAGACGGCAGUUCUCAUAGAGACCCUCAUAGCGCUGGGAGCUGAGGUACAAUGGUCAAGCUGCAACAUUUUCUCCACUCAGGACCACGCUGCAGCUGCUAUUGCAAAAGCUGGUAUCCCUGUGUUUGCCUGGAAAGGGGAGACUGACGAGGAAUACUUAUGGUGCAUUGAACAGACCCUGUACUUCAAGGAUGGGCAGCCCCUCAACAUGAUUUUGGAUGAUGGUGGAGACCUUACCAACCUGGUUCAUACCAAAUACCCACAGCUCUUGAAAGGAAUUAGAGGUAUUUCAGAAGAGACAACCACUGGAGUUCACAACCUGUACAAGAUGAAGGCCAAUGGGACACUGAAAGUGCCAGCUAUCAAUGUUAACGACUCUGUCACCAAGAGCAAGUUUGAUAACCUUUAUGGUUGCAGAGAGUCGCUCAUCGAUGGCAUCAAACGUGCUACAGAUGUCAUGAUUGCUGGAAAAGUAGCAGUCGUGGCCGGUUAUGGUGAUGUGGGCAAAGGCUGCGCUCAGGCCCUGCGGAGCUUUGGAGCCAGAGUCAUCAUCACUGAAAUUGAUCCCAUCAAUGCACUGCAGGCAGCCAUGGAAGGUUAUGAAGUUACAACCAUGGAGGAGGCCUGCAAAGAAGGCAAUAUCUUUGUUACCACCACCGGCUGCACUGACAUUGUUCAGGGCAGGCACUUUGAGCAGAUGAAGGAUGAUGCCAUAGUGUGUAAUAUUGGCCAUUUUGAUGUGGAAGUUGAUGCAAAGUGGCUGAAUGAAAAUGCAGUAGAGGCAGUGAAUGUUAAACCUCAGGUGGAUCGCUAUACACUGAGGAAUGGCCGUCAUAUUAUACUGCUAGCAGAGGGACGGCUGGUCAACUUGGGCUGUGCCAUGGGUCACCCGAGCUUUGUUAUGAGCAACUCCUUCACCAACCAGGUGCUGGCACAGAUCGAGCUGUGGACCAAUAGUGACAAAUACUCUGUUGGAGUCCAUUUCCUGCCAAAGAAGCUGGAUGAAGCUGUGGCUGCUGCUCAUCUGGAUAAACUGUGUGUGAAGCUGACGAAGCUGAGUGACAAGCAGGCCAAAUACCUUGGCUUAUCGAGAGAUGGGCCAUUCAAGCCAGACCACUACAGAUACUGAGCAGUUGGCACUACCCGAAGACCAAAGUGCAGAGAUACAACCUUCCAAAGCUCUUGUGUGUGUGCUGGGCUUCUGAGAACAAACCCUUUGCCAUGCUCUUCUCAGUGCUGCAGAACCCUUUCCCUUAAGCAAGGGAGCUUCAGGGCCUUAUUUGUUAGUGAAAGGAUCACUCUGACUCUGGGAAUUAGAACUGGUUACUUAGCUAAUGUCAUGGUGAAAAGGAUCCUAUGCACCUUUUAUUGGCUUCUGAUGUCCCAGUAAGGGGAGCAGGACAGAAGAUUGCUACAUGAAAGUGCAUAGUCUCGUCAAACAUAUGGCUCACAGCCUCUCUGAAGAGACUACCCAAUAAGAUGGGGAACGGUUUCUACAGGGAGAUGCUUUCUGCUCUGCCCUGAUCAAAUUAGAUGAGUUUGGAGGCUGGCAGUGUCAGGCUUCUCUCCACAAAGGUGCCCUAGCUGAAGUGCACGUUGUGAAACUGGAGGAAGGCCUGAGGACUAUAGGUUGCUUGGUGUCCAUAGUAUAAAAUCAACUUAAUCUCCUACUCAGAGAUUAGAGUUGGAGUGUUUUUCUGGGUUAAUUUACUCUAUCAGUUUUGGUGACAACAACGACCCUUCUAUGCUUCUACCAUACCAACUUGAGGAGGGAUGAGCCAAGAGUGACUCUUUCUAGCAGCCUUCUAGUGUUUUGUGAAUGGCUGAGAAGCCACUGAGGGGCUGGUUAGGUUUAGGGACCUUGUUCUAUUCCCUGAAAACACCAGCAGCACACCUCUACCCCCAACUUGAUUUUCGUGAGUUGUCAUGUCUGCUGUAUCUUGUUUGUUACUGACUCAAAGUGCUUUUAUUAAAGAUCUGACUGUGGCCUGA